AUUUUUGUCUGUAUAUUUCAGGAUUUUUUGAUUGACUGAAUAAAGGAGAAAAGAGGCCAUCAAGAUGCUGCGUGAAGUGGGAUCCAAUAUUAUGGUGUUUUAUGAGUAUGUAUUGCAGAGAACGGACCACCGAUUGUUACCCUACCCGUUGAUGCGGACCCCCUUCCAGAUGACCAGCAUCCUGAUGGGCUAUGUGUUCUUCUCGCUGUACGCAGGGCCUCUGCUGAUGGCCAACCGCAAGCCCUAUCACCUCAAAACAGCCAUGAUCAUCUAUAACUUCAGCAUGGUGUCCCUAAACGCCUUCCUAGUCUAUGAGUUCCUGAUGUCAGGAUGGGGAACCACUUUUACCUGGAGAUGUGACCUGUGUGACUACUCAAGCAACCCACAGGCUCUAAGGAUGGUUCAAGUGGCCUGGUGGUUUCUGUUCUCUAAAUUCACCGAGCUUCUGGACACCUUUUUCUUUGUGCUGCGUAAGAAACACAGCCAGAUCACAUUUCUACAUGUCUUCCAUCACUCCUUCAUGCCCUUCACGUGGUGGUGGGGAAUUACCAUUGCUCCUGCAGGGGGAAUGAGCUCGUUCCAUGCCAUGGUCAACUCCUGUGUCCACGUCAUCAUGUACACCUACUACGGCCUGUCUGCUGCCGGACCUCGCUUCCAAAAAUACCUCUGGUGGAAGAAGUACAUGACCGCAAUCCAGCUGAUCCAGUUUGUGCUGAUCUCACUUCACAUCUCUCAGUACUACUUCAUGGAGAAGUGUGACUUUCAGGUGCCCAUGUUCAUUCACCUUAUCUGGAUGUAUGGCACCUUCUUCUUCCUACUCUUCUCCAACUUCUGGAUUCAGGCCUACGUGAAGGGGAAACGGCUGCCUAUGGCAACCAUGGAGAAGCUAAAGCAGAAUGGCGUUAUCAACAGCGACGUUACCGUGGUCAUCAACAGCAAGCCGCUGGAGAAUAGCAACGGGACAACAGGACAUCGUGUCAAUGGCAAUAACCAACUAGGCAAAGUGAAGGAAGUCUAGUUUCGUCCUUUUGGAAGGGGAAACAUAACUGUCUGAAGGAGCCUGAAAUGCCAAAGAUUCCCAAAAAACUAUACUCACUUUCCUCAAAUGUAUUUUUUUAUUUAUCUGCAGUUUGUGGGAUAUGAAUGGCAUUAUGGAUAUGGCAGUUAGUCCACACUUUAAAUUGUGGGAACAUAGUGUGAUUUAACUGUACAUCACCCUGUAUGAAGGUGUCAGUCACCAAUACCUCAAACCCAGGCUUGAAAUGGCCAAUGAUUGGACUCUUCUGGUUGGACUGAAACGCUUGUAAAUAGUGUAGUUACUUUCGAAGAGGUGGUGUUUGUCACAUAUUUAACUUUUUGAAAUCAAGCUGAGUAAGACAUUACUUUCAGGCACAAGACAGCAACUGUAUCCGGUCUGCAGCAGCAUUCUUAUUAAGGGUCCUCCAAGGCAGGACUCACCUGUUGCUUUUGGACAUUCAGGCUUUCCAGCAUAGGGAAAUCAGUGGAUGCAUGGUCAUCUGCACAUGUCUAUAGCAUUCAUUGUUUGACGCUGGACCUCCGUGUGAUGAGUCAGCAACAUGCACUCUAGAAAAUAAUGAGUGGGACACAGUACCUGGUUCGAAUCCAGGCUGUGUCCCAUAGGUGCAGCCCCUAAUUGGCCAUCAUUAAGAAUUUGUACUCAACUGACUUGCAUAGUUUAAGGUUACAAAAUAACAUUUAGUUAGAGUGCCCUAACAGUAUUUG